AGAGUAGUGCUCAUCACCGGCCUCGGCGCGGUGGGCGAGGGGUAUGGCAACGGCGGAGCAAUGGCCGUGACAAUGGCACGACAAGGCGCAAUAAUAUACGGCUGCGACAUCAACCUCGACGCGGCGAACAAGGCCGCUGAGGAAAUACGCAAUGACGACGAAGACGUGACGAAAAAGGACGCCUGCAAAGCCUUUGCCGAUGCGUGCAUACAACAACACGGCCGUAUCGACGUUCUGAUAAAUAAUGUUGGCAAAAGCGAGCCGGGCGGCCCAGCAGAGCUGACGGAAGAAGUCUGGGAUGCGCAGAUGGACGUGAAUUUGAAGAGUGUCUAUCUGAUGUCGAAUCUCGUUCUUCCGAUCAUGGAAAAGCAGGAGACGGGCGGCUGCGUGCUUAAUGUCUCUUCCGUGGCUGGUAUGAGAUAUGUCGGAAAACCUCAGGUCGCCUACGCCGCUUGCAAGGCUGCCAUCAUCCAUUUCACCAAAACCACGGCCGUGAUCUACGCGCAGAGGACGGCAGGCAAGGUACGGUUGAACACGGUCGUCCCAGGUCUGAUCAAUUCUCCUUUGGUGUCGGUGUUGGCGGACAAGUAUGCCGGUGGUGACCGGGAGGGUUACCGCAAAGUUCGCGACAAGCAGACGCCGACCGGGAAGAUGGGCACGGUCUGGGACAUUGCACACGCCGCGUUGUACUUGUGCUCCAAGGAGGCAUCCUUCGUCACAGGCCAGGAGCUCGUGAUCGAUGGAGCGAUGAUCAACAGUACCGGACAGCCGUGAGAAUGGGUUGAUCCCGAUGGCUGAUAUCCGACAUGGCUUCGCAAAUCGUUGUCGCCAGCACAUG